GCUGCAGCGGGGCAGGCGCGUGGCCGGGCCGCGGCGCGAUGAGUGGGGCCCGGGCGGCGCCCGGGGCCGCGGGCAACGGCGCGGUCCGGGGGCUGCGGGUGGACGGGCUGCCCCCGCUGCCAAAGAGCUUGAGCGGGCUGCUGCACUCGGCGUCGGGCGGCGGCGCGUCUGGGGGCUGGCGGCACCUGGAGCGGCUGUACGCGCAGAAGUCGCGCAUCCAGGACGAGCUGAGCCGCGGGGGCGCGGGCGGCGGCGGGGCCCGGGCGGCAGCGCUGCCCGCCAAGCCUCCCAACCUGGACGCCGCUCUGGCGCUGCUCCGCAAAGAGAUGGUUGGUCUCCGCCAGCUGGACAUGUCCUUGCUCUGCCAACUGUACAGCCUCUACGAGUCGAUUCAGGAGUACAAGGGGGCAUGCCAGGCAGCCUCCAGCCCAGACUGCACUUACGCUCUGGAGAACGGCUUCUUCGAUGAAGAGGAGGAAUAUUUCCAGGAGCAGAACUCCCUGCACGACAGGAGGGACCGAGGCCCUCCUCGGGACUUGUCACUGCCUGUCUCCUCCCUCUCCAGCAGCGACUGGAUUCUGGAGUCCAUCUAGAGGGUCUUGGGAGGGAUGUGACUGUUGGGAAGCCCUUCCUACUGGACACGCUGUCAUCAUUUGCUGCUUCUCUUGCAAGAAAGCACCUCCAUUGUGGACGGUCCUCGGGCACAGGGGAUGAGCGCUACCAGUUUCAUUUGUAGGCAGGGAGUUCUCCGCGGAUGCAUGGUGGCAGUCUGCUUUGAUGGCAGCAGUUUCUGCUUAGGUGACCUAGAGGUCCUCAGCAGUAUCCUCCACACCUAUUUAUUGAGGUGCACCUGCUGGGGAUUCAUAAUGAGAAUAUAACAAGAGGAUCUCGGUGAAAGGCCUUAGUGGGUGUUCUGUGUGAGGUGGCUUGUAGCUAGCUACUUCCUUACAGAUGGUAGAGUAUUCCAAUCCUCUUUGUGUUAGGGUUCUUGCUUCCAGUUUGGGAUGUAUUAAAACCACCAUUUCACUGCUUCCCUUCCUCAAUAUGCUCUGCAGCUUUUCUUGCUGUUUAAACCUCUCGCCUCAGCUUUAUUUAUUUGUAAGCUGCAUUACUAACUGCCCAGUGAUUCGGUGAAAGCUUUUUACUGAAAAAGUUAACAUUUCUAGUCAUCCCAAUCAACUGGCUUUUUU